CAACCUUCUUAUAUAUGCUCUCCUUUCUUUUGCAUUGUAAAUUAUCAUACAUUUGUAUGUGUAUCAGAAGAAGGAGACUAUUAACACAAAAAAAAUGGCAUCAGGAAGUGGAACUCAUAUUCUAGCACUUCCUUUUCCUCUGCAAGGUCACAUUAAUCCUAUGCUACAAUUAUGCAAAACCUUAAUCACCAAAGGCAUUCGUGUUACACUAGUCACAACUGUUUUCAUCAGUUCAUCACUACAAAUCCAAGCCUCCACCACCAGCAAUCUCAUUAAUAUCGAGACAAUUCCCGAUGCCGCCGCCACCACCAGUGAAGGCGACGUCUAUCAGGUCUUUAUCAACAACUUUAAAGAGACAAUCACUCAGGGAUUCACCACCAGUGAAGGCGACGUCUAUCAGGUCUUUAUCAACAACUUUAAAGAGACAAUCACUCAGGGAUUGCCUCGACUCAUCGAGAAACAUAAGCAAUCUAGCUACCCUGCGAAAGCCAUUGUUUAUGAUUCAGUGCUUCCGUGGACUUUGGACAUAGCUCAUCAGCUAGGCCUCAAAGGGGCAGUACUUUUUACGCAGCCCUGUACUGUUUGCUCAAUCUUUUAUCACAUGAAACAAGGGACACUCAAGAUUCCUAAUGAAGAUGAGGGCUCCGAUAUAAUGUUGCCUGCUAUGCCACCGCUCAAGUUAAAAGAUUUGCCUUCUCUUAUAUACGACACAGGCGCGUAUACAGCUCUUUUUAAUCUUCUUAUCGAUCAAUUUUCAACGUACCGGGAUGCAGAUUGGCGCUUGUUUAACACUUUUGACAAGCUUGAAGAUGAGAUAUUGAAAUGGAUUGCAAGCGAAGGUCCGAUUCUGACAAUAGGCCCGACUAUUCCACCAUUGCACACAGACGACAUUGAAUAUGGCCUCAGCCUGUUCAAGCCAGAUGCUGAAGCUUACUUGAAAUGGUUGGAGACAAAAGAGAAUGGCUCCGUAGUCUACGUAUCAUUUGGAAGCUUAGUCACCCCCGGAGAAAAGCAAAUGGAAGAAAUAGCUCGUGGAUUGGUCGAAAGCAACUGCUUCUUCUUAUGGGUAGUUAGAGCUUCUGAAGAGAGCAAGCUCCCGCCAGAUUUUGUCUUGGAGAAAGGUCUAAUAGUGAAUUGGUGUUCCCAGCUUCAAGUAUUGGCUCACCCAGCAAUCGGGUGCUUUGUAACACAUUGUGGGUGGAACUCGACUCUUGAAGCAUUGAGUUUUGGAGUGCCUAUGGUGGCUAUGGCUCAAUGGACAGAUCAAACCACGACUGCCAAGUUAAUUGCUGAUGUAUGGCAAAUAGGGGUCCGUACUAAGGCCGACGAAAAUGAUUUUGUAACUAGAGAAGAAAUUGCAGGGAGUGUAAGAGAAAUAAUGCAAGAAGAAAGAGGAAAUGAGAUUAGAAGAAAUGCCAGCAACUGGAAGCAACUGGCAAAAGAAGCUGUCAGUGAAGGAGGAAGCUCACACAAAAAUAUUACAGAAUUCGUGAUCCAACUUUCAAGAAGUUGAAGUUUACUGCUUGUUUGCUAUACCAGAGUCCACAACAUUAGACGGUUAAAAAGAACAGGUUCAAUUCUACAUAAUAGGGGCGGAUCCACAGGGUACUUUUUAAAUUGGCUUGGUCAAACAACCAAUUUUUGAGUUUGAUCAUUUUUUUU